ACAACUGCAGCACCAACAACCACAACUGCAGCACAGACAACUUCCACUUCAGCACAAACCACCACAACCGCAGCACCAACAACCACAUCUGCAGAUACUACAACCACAACUGCAGCACCAACGACCACAACUGAAGCACCUACAACUACAACUGCAGCACCAACAACCACAACUACAGCACAUACAACUUCCACUUCAGCACAAACUACCAAAACCGCAGCAACAACAACAACCACAACUGCAGCACCUACAACCACAACUGCAGCACCAACGACCGCAACUGAAGCACCUACAACCACAACUGCAGCACCAACAACCCCAACUGCAGCACAUACAAUUACCACUUCAGCACAAACCACCACAACCGCAGAACCAACAACCACAACUGCAGCAUCAACAACCACGACUGCAGCACCUACAACCACAACUGCCCCACCUACAACCACAACUGCAGCACCAACAACCGCAACUAAAGCACCUACAACCACAACUGCAGCACCAACAACCACAACUGCUGCACAUACAACUUCCACUUCAGCACAAACCACCACAACCGCAACACCAACAACCACAACUGCAGCACCUACAACCACAACUGCUGCACCUACAACCACAAUUGCAGCACCUACAACCACAACUGCAGCACCAACAACCACAACUGCGGCACCUACCACCACAACUGCAGCACCAACAACCACAACUACAGCACAUACAACUUCCACUUCAGCACAAACCAAAACAUCGGCAGCACCAACAACCACAACUGCAGCACAUACAACUACCACUUCAGCACAAACCACAACAACUGCAGCACCAACAACCACAACUGCAGCAUCAACAACCACAACUGAAGCACCAACAACCACAACUGCAGCACCGACAACCACAACUGCAGCAUCGACAACCACAACUUCAGAAUCGACAACCACACCUGCAGCAUCAAUAACUGUAGCACCAACAACAGCACCAACAACCAAAACUGCAGCACCUACAACCACAACUGCAGAACCUACAACCACAACUGCAGCACCUACAACCACAACUGCAACACCUACAACCACAAAUGCAGCACCUACAACCACAACUGCAGCACCAACAACCGCAACUGAAGCACCUACAACCACAACUGCAGCACCAACAACCACAACUGCAGCCCAUACGACUACCACUUCAGCACAAACCACCACAACUGCAAUACCUACAACCACAACUGCAGCACCUACAACCACAAUUGCAGCACCAACAACCACAACUGCAGCACAUACAACAACCACUUCAGCACAAACCACCACAACUGCAGCUCAUACAACUUCCACUUCAGCACAAACCACCACAACCGCAGCACAAACCACCACAACCGCAGCACAAACCACCACAACCGCAGCACCAACAACCACAACUGCAGCACCUACAACCACAACUGCAGCACCUACAACCACAACUGCAGUACCUACAACGACAACUGCAGCACCUACAACCACAACUGAAGCACCAACAAACGCAACUGAAGCACCUACAACCACAACUGCAGCACCAACAACCACAACUGCAGCACAUACAUCUACCACUUCAGCACAAUCCACCACAACCGCAGCACCAACAACCACUACCGCAGCACAUACAACUACCACUUUAGCACAAUCCACCACAGCCGCAGCACCAACAACCACAACUGCAGCAGCUACAACCACAACUGCAGCACCUACAACCACAAUUGCAGCACCUACAACCACAACUGCAGCACCAACAACCACAACUGAAGAACCUACCACCACAACUGCAGCACGAACAACCACAACUGAAGCACCUACCACCACAACUGCAGCACCAACAACCACAACUGCAGCACCAACAACCACAACUGCAGCACCAACGACCGUAACUGAAGCACCUACAACCACAACUGCAGCACCAACAACCACAACUGCAGCACAUACAACUACCACUUCAGCACAAACCACCACAACCGCAGCACCAACAACCACAACUGCAGCAUCAACAACCAUAACUGCAGCACCAACAACCACAACUGCAGCACCGACAACCACAACUGCAGCACCGACAACCACAACUGCAGAACCUACAACCACAACUGCAGCACCUACGACCACAACUGCAGCACCAACAACCGCAACUGAAGCACCUAUAACCACAACUUUAGUACCAACAACCACAACUGCAGCACAUACAACUACCACCUCAGCACAAACCACCACAACCGCAGCUCGUACAACUUCCACUUCAGCACAAACCACCACAACCGCAGCACAAACCACCACAACCGCAGCACCAACAACCACAACUUUAGCACUUACAACCACAACUGCAGCACCUACAACCACAACUGCAGAACCUACAACCACAACUGCAGCACCUACAACCACAACUGAAGCACCAACAAACGCAACUGAAGCACCUACAACCACAACUGCAGCACCAACAACCACAACUGCAGCACAUACAACUACCACUUCAGCAGAAGCCACCACAACCGCAGCACCAACAACCACUACCGCAGCACAUACAACUACCACUUCAGCACAAACCACCACAGCCGCAGCACCAACAACCACAACUGCAGCAGCUACAACCACAACUGCAGCACCUACAAUCACAAUUGCAGCACCUACAACCACAACUGCAGCACCAACAACCACAACUGAAGAACCUACCACCACAACUGCAGCACCAACAACCACAACUGCUGCACCAACAACCACAACUGCAGCACAUACAACUACCACUUCAGCACAAACCACCACAACCACAGCACCAACAACCACAACUGCAGCAUCAACAACCACAUAUUUUCCACCAACAACAACAACUGCAGUGCCAACAACCAAAACUGAAGCACCAAUAACAGCAACUGCAUUACAAACAACCACUACUUCAGCACCUACAACCACAACUGCAGCACCUACAACCACAACUGCAGCACUUACAACCACAACUGCAGCACCAACAACCGCAACUGAAGCACCUAUAACCAUAACUGCAGCACAUUCAACUACCACUUCAGCACAAACCACCACAACCGCAGCACCAACAACCACAACUGCAGCACCUACAACCACAACUGCAGCACCUACAACCACAACUGCAUUACCUACAACCACAUCUGCAGCACCAACAACCGCAACUGGAGCACCUACAGCCACAACUGCAGCACCAACAACCACAACUGCAGCACAUACAACUACCACUUCAGCACAAACCACCACAACCGCAGCACCAACAACCACAACUGUAGCACCUACAACCACGGCUAGAGCACUUAUAGCCACAGCUGCCACACCAACAACAUUGUCCGCAACUACAACUUCAGCACCCAUAACUAAAACCGCACCAACGACUACAAUUGCUGCAUCUACAAUCACAACCGCAGCACCAGCAACCACAACUGCAGAAUCCGCAACCCCAACUACAGCACCCGCAACCACCACAGCAGCACCUACAACCACACUUUUAGCACCAAGAACCACAUCUACAGCACCAACAACUACUUUUGCAUUAUCUACAACCUCAACAGCUGAACCAACAACCGAAAUUGCAGCACCCACAACCACAUAUUCAGCACCAACAACCACAUUUGCAACGCUAACGAUCACAAAACAAACACCUACAACUUCAGCACUGAGAACUAUAACAGCACCAACAACUACAUCUGCAGCACCAACGACUACAACUGCAGAGUCUAUAUCCACAACCUCAGCCCCAACAACUACACCAUUAACCACAACAAAAACUACCACAACUGCAUCACUGACAACCACAAUUGCAGCACCACAAACAACAACCACAGCACCAACAACCACAAAAGCAGCACCUACAAUCACAACGUCACCCCCCACAACUUUAACUGCAGCAGAAAUAGCCACAUUCACAGCACCAACAAUCAAUACUGUGGAACCAACUAACACAACUGCAGCAUCCACAAUCAAAACUGUGGAACCAACAACAACAACUGCAGCCUCCACAAUCACAACUGCAGCACCAACAAUAACAACAAUCACAGAAGCACCUACAACCACAACUGUAGCAUCAACAACAACAUCAACAACUACAACUUCACCUCCCACAACUAUAACUGUUGAACCAACAACUACAACUGCAGCAUCAACAACUAAAGCUGUGGAGCCCACAACAGCAGCACCAGCAGCAACAACCACAGCACCUACAACCACAGCUGCUGCACCAACUACCAUAUCAUCAACAACUACAACUGUUGCACAGACAACUACAACACCAGCACCUAAAACCACAUCAUUAACCACAAAUGCAACACAUAAAACCACACCUGCAACACCACAAACAACAACCACACCUGCAACACUACAAACAACCACAGCCUCAACAAGCACAAGCACAACAUCAACAACUACUACACCAACAACAAAAACUACAACCACAACACAAAAAACCACAAUGUCAACAACUACUACACCAACAACAAAAACUACAACCACAACACAAAAAACCACAACAUCAACAACUUCUACGCCAGCAACAAAGACUACAACCCCUAUACCAAAAACUACAACAAGGAAAACCACAACAUCAACAACUACUACUCCAACAACAAAAACUACAACCACAACACAAAAAACCACAAUGUCAACAACGUCUGCACCAGCAACAAAAACUACAACCACUACACAAAAAAGCACAACAUCAACAACUUCUACACCAGCAACAAAGACUACAACCCCUACACCAAAAACUGCAACAGGGAAAACCACAACACCAACAACUACUACACCAACAACAAAAACUACAACCACAACACAAAAAACCACAAUGUCAACAACUAGUACACCAACAACAAAAACCUCAACCACAACACAAAAAACCACAAUGUCAACAACUUCUACACCAGCAACAAAGACUACAACCCCUACACCAAAAACUACAACAGGGAAAACCACAACACCAACAACUACUACACCAACAACAAAAACUACAACCACAACACAAAAAACCACAAUGUCAACAACUAGUACACCAACAACAAAAACCUCAACCACAACACAAAAAACCACAAUGUCAACAACUUCUACACCAGCAACAAAAACUACAACCACUACACAAAAAACAACUACUACACCAGCAACUAAAACUACAACCGCUACAUCAACAUUUACAACAGCAAAAACUAAAACUACAACCACUGUACCAAUAACCGUAGUACAUCCAACCACCACCUCUACUACCUCUAGUGGUGCAACUACACUCAGGUUGACCAUGUUCCACAUGCUUCUUGGACUGUUUAUUUUUCUCUUCUAAUUUGUUGCUUCACUAAGAUGAUAGACUAUAUUGUGUGCUUUACAAACUACAGAUCACAUGCAUAGCAACUAGUGUUUGAUUGUUCACACAAAGAUUUAUUUAUGUCCAUAAGUUAUUUAAAGCUAAUAUUUAUUUUGGGUAGGUUUUCAAAGGAAGAUAUUUAUAAAUGAAGGAAACUAUUUAACAGAUGCUAUGUAAUUUUGUAUUUAUAUUUCACUUUGCAUUUCUUCAAUCUAAAAUAACCAAAUUUUUCAUUGUUAAACAAAAACAAUAUUCUGACUCUUGUUUCUGUUAUAUAUAAAAUGUUUAUGUAAAAAUAAUUUGCUCAUUAGCUCUUGGAUGUGCUAUCAUGUUUCUGUAUUCAAAGGAAUUAUAAUUUU